GUGCUCUCUUGCGCAUCCUUCCAGCGCGCCGUCGCUUCACCCCAAAACGACCACCGUGAUGACCGACAACUUUGCCGUCGCCGCCACCCCUCAAGCUCACGCAGCCGACGUCGAGUUCCUCGUCCGGCGAGGCAUGACGAAGGGCUAUCAAUUGAUGUCACUGCUAACUCCGCCGCUGUACGCUACGUUUGCGCUGUCUCGUUACGGGAGGGCACAGUUCUCCGUCAAUCGUCUACUACGUGCCACGUGGAUAGGGGGCGUUGCUGGGACAGCCAGUGGUGGCGCCUUCGAAUAUGCCAGGACUGUGUACUCCAACCCUGACAAAGUCCGCGUUCGACGAAUAAAGGCGGCGUAUGAUACGUCCUCAAUACGAGCCGACGACCAUUCCACUAUUGGCGGAAUCCUAUUCGCAGUCUUGACCCCAGCCGUAAUCUGGAAGAGAGCUAGCACAGUGAAUCUGAUCCUCGGCGGUGCUGGUGUCGGAUCCGCUGUCGGUCUAUUCGCACAUCACGCAAGAACAAUCACAGGCGACCCUGCGCCCGUGGUCCGCAUCCCAGAGCUUCCUCCUACACCUACUGAGCCAAUCCCAUAAUAGGAUACUUGCUCUGCGAGUUUAUUCGAGGACCCAGUUGCGCCAGAGACCAUCAUAACUCAUCACAGAUGCCGCAAAGUGCUCCGAGGCCUCAUGGAAUCACUCGAACGAGAGGCUAGCAGCCUAGUCGCCUAACGGGUGCAGCCAGGGUGUGGCGCCCUUUCGCGUCAGACUGUGAAUGACUGAACCAGACAUCUGUUGCGGUCCCGAGAGUGCGCACCCCUGCUGUCAACAGCAAGUGAUAAUAUCGAAAGU